CCCUCCGAAUGCGUGCGUAAAAAACAGGCGAGUUUACCGAAACCGGUUGGCUGGGCGCUGCGCACACUUCCACACACUCUUCCACUUACUUCCACACGUCCGCCUGGAACCGGUGGGUGAACUUCGGCUGGAUUAACGCGUCAGACAGCGGCAGCACUAUGAGCUCCAGAUGUCAAUGUAUUGGAAGAAAACAGCCGCCCACCCACACACACACGACGGAGUGAGUCACCGUUUAAAGUAGCUGAAUAAGCGGAGCGCCGGUGCGGACGGGGAGAUUCUGCGUGUGUGUGUGUGUGUGUGUGUUUGGGACGUGGUGUCGGUGCUCGGUUUCUCCCGUUACUUAAAGCUCUACCGGCUGCGCGUGCUUUUAUGGGGGAGAGAAGAAGAAGGAGAAGAAGCGUCGAGAAGCUCGAGCCGCCACACGUCGCUGCUGAUGCGCGAGCCGCUGGUGCCAGAUAUGGAUAGCGCGCGGGACAGCUCCGGACGUUGGUGCGCAUCUUCGUAAAGUGCGACACUGACGAGGCCUAAAGGUUCACCUGUCCAGAGUUUAAAGAAGCGACAGAAACUUCUACGGAAAGAAAAAAAACUUCUUCUAAAACUCUGUGAAAAGUACUUUUUAAAAAAAAACACAUCUUCUCAGGAAGCUUUGAAGAUGCGUCAAGAGGUGGAGAGGAGAUUUCAGAUGCUGGUUGUGCUUUGGUCCAUACUUCUCGUUAGUUUGGGGACUGGGUUUCCCACCAGACGCAAGAAUGUUGCCCACAAAGCUCAUGGCCACCCAGCUCACAGUGGUGGGGUCCAGUACACCCCAGAGGCUUUGGAGCAGCAGAACCAGGUCCAGAGUCUGCUGCCAGAGCCCCACAGCCACCAGAGGAGGUGGUCUCACUCCCAGCACCGAUCCGUCGGCGUUCUCCCACAGCCAGAGCCCGAGGAGGAGACCAAACCCUUCAUCCUGGAUCUGAAGAACUUUCCAGAUCUGGCCAAUGCUGACAUCAACUCACAGAACCCCAACAUACAGGUAACUAUUGAGGUGGUUGAUGACCCUCAGAUGGAGGUAGAGAAGGAAGUGGCCAAGGAAAAAGACUGGCUGCCCUCCUCUUCCUCCUCCCCCUCUUCCACAGUAGACUGGCUCGGAGGCAAGAAGCUUUUCUGGCCACUGUUUUGGAGUUACACCGAUGCCGAUUCCAGCGAGGACAGCAACAGCCGGUCAGGCGUGGGGGAAACUGGCGAGGAAGAGGAGGAGGAAGAUUACCCUUUGGAUUACGGCAGCGAGGAGCCCUUACCCAGUGGAGUAGGCGACUGGGAUACUCGUUGGAACGAAGGCUGGGAUCCAAUGCAGAGCUACUAUGAGAAGGACACAGAUGAGUGGACUCCCUGGUCUCCCUGUUCAGUCACAUGUGGACACGGGGAGAAGAAAAGGACCAAGUCUUGUGGCUACUCCUGCACUCUGACUGAAGCUUCCAAGUGUGACCUGGAGCCUUGUCCUGGUGAUGUCAACACUGUGGUAGAGCCUUUCCCUUUCGAGAUGGAGAAUGGCACGGAGCCAUUUGGGACAGAUGUGGACAGCUGUGAGAAGUGGCUGAAUUGUAAGAGUGACUUCCUGCAGAGAUACCUCCACCAGGUUCUGUCUGAGCUGCCCAGCUGCCCCUGCUCCUACCCCUCUGAGGUGUCGUACACUGUCGUCAGCAUCUAUGACGAGAUUCACGGCCGGCCGUUCCGGUGGCGCGACGCCAGCGGCCCCAAGGAGCGCCUGGACAUCUACAAGCCUUCGGCGCGCAGCUGCAUGCGCUCGGCGCUUUCCAGCGACUCGUCGACUCUUGCAGCGCAGCACUGUUGCUACGACGACCGCGGACAGCUGAUCACGCGGGGGAAAGGCGCGGGAACGCCUAACCUGAUCAGCACCGAGUUCUCACCUGAGCUGCACUUCAAAGUUGACGUGCUUCCUUGGAUCCUGUGCAAGGGAGACUGGAGCCGAUUCCACGUGGUGCGGCCGCCCAAUAACGGAUUGAGCUGCCCAGAAAACCCCCAUGAAGACGUGUUCAUAGAUGAACUGGAAGAGGCCAGGGAGUACUGAGGGACCACAGCCAAAACUACCACUUCACUCAGAGAGUCCGAGGCCCCAAUCCCAAUUUGAGAGGAGACAGCCGACCUUAAAAGUCAUGAAAUAUUCCAUCUAAACAUCCAGCCACUAGAGCUGCAUUAAAGACCGAGAGGGAAUUUACAGUUGUGAUUGGGAGUUUAGGAAUAAAGGUGAAGUCUGGUCAUUUUCUGAAGCUAGGAUUUGGCAGAGCAUCCUGAAAUAAACUGAACUAAAUGGGCAAAAAAAACAACAUAGAAAAAAAAUUGCAGUGUUGUCCCGUCGCUUGCCAAUCUCUUCUACACAUCUGGCAUGCCAUCAAGCUCUUUCUUUUUAUAUUCUCUCUCCUGGGUGCGUGUAAGCAUGAUGUCUACCUACAGGCUUUUUCGAUUGCGUCCUGGAGGGCUUGUGAUUGGCAUUAGCAACAUAUGGUAAACAACCUCAUCGUGCUUCUUGUAACAUUCAGAAAUAUAAUAUGAAUCUGAGCUGGUUAUAUCGAUGAAACAAACACAUGCGGAGUCCAACAGAAUAUCCUGAAUAACUAUGCUGCUACAACAUCAAAUCCUUUAGGUUUUACAAAGGAUUUAAGAGGAAGCUCAGUAUAUCACAGUAACGAACAUUUCGGCCAGUUCUUCUGAGUCAUUACACUACACAUAAUUGAGGAAUUUGGGAUCUCAACCAGAGAACUAAGCUAAAAGGAUCUGAAACAUCCGAUUGUCCUUCUCGAGCUUGCUAGUGAGGAUUAUGAGAGUAGCCUUUAGGCAGCAACGAUGCAACAACAGCACAUUUGAUUGCAAAUGUUUUGUCACACAGAUUGAUUUCAUGUGUUUCCUCACUUUUUGUUUUCUUUCACAGCCAGGAAAAUAUAUGAUCUGGGUGCCAAAGAGAUAAAAAAAACAAUCAGACUGUUGGUGCCUGUGUAAAUCCAGCUUGCAACGUCUCUACGGUGCAAACGUAGGGAUAAAAAAAAACAACAAAAAAACAGUGAUUAGAUUGUUCUCAUAGAUGCAAUGUUCUCAGGGGGACUAACUGACCAUGACAAACAAAUUUGUUCAUUUACCUCGACAGUGGAGCACUAUUGGAUGUUGUAUUUUGGGGUAAAGGUUAGUUGGAGUGUAUUGUGUUGUAUUGUAAUCCAGUUUGGAAGUGAUGAACAGAUGAUGCUUUUGUGCAUAUUCAGAAAGCAGUCGGGAUCGUUCUAACUGAACUGUUGAUGCAAUGUGUGGUAGAAAGAUGCUGUUAAGGUCUUUGGGUUUUUGUAUAGAACUUGAUUGGAUAGAAAGGACAUUAUCACUGGUGACACAGGAUGUUGGUGACGGCAAGAAAAUCUAGUCGACAUUACCAAAUAUUACAUCUUACCUGUAUGUAUGAAGCAAGCGGUUAAACCACUGUCAGAGUGUAUUUUAGCUUUGUAGCUGUGUUUAAACAACCCUCUUUCUUAUAACAAUGUCCUUUCCAUCCAAUCUAGUUCUACAGAUGUUUGCUCCAAACAUUUCUUUCAGGAAUUCCACCUCCAAAUGCAAACAUUUGCAUUUUGGAAUCACCAAUAUUUUUGUUCAAAGGAAGGCACUUUAUUUUUGCCGUUUGUCGAAGAUAGUCUUAUUGUGAAGGGAAAAUCGCCAGAAAUGCUGCAUUGUUCUAUGAAGGUGCAUAUUCAUAUAUAAGUGUUCUGUUGAGGACAAAGCAUGAUCUUUUUGUGAUUUCUGAAUCUAGUAUUACAUAUAUCGUGUUGUACAGUAUUUAUUUGUCUGUUCUCUUUAUUUUUUAAGUUUGCUGAAGCUUUGAAAUGACUCUAUACUCGACACGGUGCACUAAUCGGACUGAAAAAUGAAGGCACCCAUUAACAAAAGGGAAACUCUUGCCUCGUAUCACGUCAUACAGCGACAACAGGUGUCUGUGUUUCAUUCCGUGUUGUACUGCAGUGCUCUAUGAAUAUGUUGUUGCAAUUAUACUGAAGAAAUAUAUAUAAAGACCUUGCAUUCAU